UACUGGCCACAAUACAACUGCAUCACCAGCCACGGUAGACACCUGUGUGGGCCUCAAUACACCUGCAUCACCAGCCACGGUAGACACCUGUGUGGGCCUCAAUACACCUGCAUCACCAGCCACGGUAGACACCUGUGCUGACCACAACACACCUGCAAGAAACACAGGCGCCGUCUGCACUCAACUUCUUGUCAAACAUGAAGAACUUAAUUCUCUCCAUCAUUUUAUCCCUGGCGGUCGUGUGUUCCCUGGGAAUGGUCACGGACGACUCCUGUACUGUGGAUUGUAUGGGCAAAAAUGCUCUUGACAAAGUUGCUGAUCCCUAUAACUGCAGUAAUUACUACAUUUGUUUGGGUGAUGACAUGGCCACCGACCACCCGGUACCUUGUCCGGUCGCUAACAUCUUUGAUACCGGUAAGUGUAUGACAGGGGACCCCUCUACCUGUGAACCUACGUGUAAACCACCAGAAUGUCCAAUAACCUGCAACGGCUCCCUCUCCAUGAUCAGUGAUCCCUUCGACUGUACACAAUACUACAUCUGUAUUCCCGGGGGCGUACAGGGGCCCAUCCCCUGCCCUUCUGACAGGGAAUUUUUUGACGGUGCAAAUUGCGUCAAAUCUAAGGAAGUUUGCUGCGAGGUUCCUUGUAUUCCUUAUUGUCACCCAGGAGAUAUACAGAUCGUUGACCCGACGGACUGUCACAUGUACUACAUCUGUACUGCUGAAGGACCAGUGGACCCAAACCUGCACUUCACUUGUCCUAGUGGAGACGUGUUUGAUUACCAAGUUGGUCGGUGUGUCAAAGGUGAUAAAUGCACCACCCUUUGUCCAGCAUCUACAACACCUGCAAACAAUCCAACCAAAUCAUUAACUACAACACCUGCAAACAAUCCAACCAACUCAGCAACUACAAAACCUGUAAACCCAACUGCUACAUCGAAAGCAGGAAGUACAAUAACCGCCCCUGUGACACCAACGACAGACUGUGCUGUGUCACUCACCUGUGACACCAUCGGUUACUUCCCCAGGUGUCACAGCUGCCAACCUGAUUUCUUUGAGUGUAAGGUCAUAGGUGCCCAGGCAACUAUUAAUAAAUGUUCAGGAAACCUGGUGUUCAACACAGACCCUAAAUACCCGUUCUGUGUCCUCCCUGGCAACUGUCCUUACCAUCCUCCCCUCUAAACUACCCACCACUACUACCAACCACGACUACCACCACUACAACAACCACCCACCACUACUACUACUACCAAUACCAC